GCGCAAAAGUAUUAGUUGUUGCUGCUGUGCUGCGUUACUUUCACUGUGCGGAGCCACUUCUGAGCUUAACAACUUUUGUUGUGCUUUUCUUACUUUUGUUAAUUUAUUUAUUUCAUUUGCCAAAUCUGUGUGCAUUAAGACAAAGCAGACCCAAAGUUUCGGUGUCAGGCUUUCUUCCAAAGCAAACUUGUAUUUGUUUUCUUAGCAAAAAUGCCACAGUUAAAUAGUGGUGGAGGAGAUGAUCUGGGAGCUAACGAUGAAAUGAUUGCCUUCAAAGAUGAAGGGGAGCAAGAGGAAAAAAUUCAAGAAAACGCGUUAACCGAGAGAGACUUGGCAGAUCUUAAGUCUUCUUUGGUGAAUGAAUCUGAGAUCAGCCAGAAUGCCGGCAGUGUUGCGGACCCUGGGGCAAUCCGGCGUGCACGUGCAGAAGAAGAGAGAGCCUACACAGACAAUCUUGCUCGGGAUCACCUGGAAGACCUGUCGAAACGUCAAGAUGGGGGAAUGUAUAAAGGACAUGCAUAUUCUGGAUAUCCGUUCCUGAUGCUGCCUGAUCCAUACCUUCAGAAUGGAUCUAUGUCUGCAUCGUCCAACAAAGUGUCCGUGGUGCAGCAGUCCCAUGGGAUGCAUCCACUCACCUCCCUCCUCCCCUACAGCAACGAUCACUUCAACCCAAACUCACCGCAUCUACCUGCAGACAUGAGCCAGAAGCCAGGCGUUCACAGGCCCCAGUCACAGGACCUCUCGGGAUUCUAUUCCCUCCCUCCAGGUGGUGUGGGACAGAUCACCCCUCCCAUGGGAUGGCAAAGUCAGCCUGUUUAUCCGAUCACUCCCUGCGGAUUCAGGCAGCCGUACUCCUCAGGGCUCUCUGCCGGCUCCUCCUUCUCCAGGUUUCCUCACUCACUGAUGCUGGGUCCUCCAGGCAUGCAUUCUACAGGGAUCCCUCACCCAGCAAUAGUGCCUCCUUCAGGCAAACAUGAGCAUGACCAGUAUGACAGAAACAUGUAUGUGAAGCAACAUCAAGAGCCAAAGAGGGAGAAGGAGCCCAAGAAGCCAGUGAUCAAGAAGCCCCUGAAUGCGUUCAUGCUGUACAUGAAGGAGAUGCGGGCCAAGGUGAUCGCAGAGUGCACCCUGAAGGAGAGCGCCGCUAUCAACCAGAUCUUGGGGAGAAGGUGGCAUGCCCUUACCAGAGAAGAACAAGCCAAGUACUAUGAGCUGGCCAGGAAAGAAAGGCAGCUCCACAUGCAGCUGUACCCAAGCUGGUCAGCCAGAGACAACUAUGAAACGAACCUUAAAGGGGGAUCGGGGGAAAAGAAUAAAGCAGAUUGGGGCAAGAAGAAAAGAAGAAAAAGAGAGAAGCAGCCAGACUCCAACUUAGACCCUGGCUCUCCUAAGAAAUGCCGAGCUCGCUUCGGCCUCAAUCAACAAACGGACUGGUGUGGCCCCUGCAGGAGGAAAAAGAAGUGCAUUCGCUACCUUCAAAGAGGAGGGUGCACCAGCCCCGAUUCUUCCGAUGGAAGUGCUAUAGACUCUCCCCUCUCUCCCACUGAAGCCCAUCCUCAUCUACGACAAACUCCAGAAGACCUUGCUGGCUACGCAGACUCAUUCCUACAAGAACAGACCCCCUUCGACCUUUCAGCUAACACCAAGACUACUGGACUGUCAGUACCAAGUUCACUGGACACACGACAUCGCCUGCCAAUGACAUGCCAGCCUUCAUCGUCAUCAUCAUCAUCAGUGUACAGUGCCACUAUCACACAAACAUAGUGUUGCAUACAAGAAUAUAAAAACUGAUGCAUUAAAAAGAAACAAAAAAAAAAAACUGAGACUUGCAGGGUAUUGAAAAUACCUUUCACCAGCAUUUUACCAUGACAGGAGGAACAAGAAAAUGCCAACUGCUCAAAGUGUAUUCUGCUUUCUUUAACUGCCUUUGUUUUUGCCCUUGAUGCCAAGGAAAUGAUGCUUGCUCUAAUCGUUUCUGGAGCUGUAAGUUUGAUGUCACUGUGUAUUACUUGUUAAAAUGAUAAAACACACAAUCUACAAUCUGCCACUCUGGAAGACAGCUGAGAACAAUGUAGUCAUCUGUAUACUGACAUGUUGCGUGAAUCUCACUAGCUAUGCUUUUGCCUACUACUUGUUUUAGAAAUGGUACAGUCCUGUUAAAGACUGCUAUUCGUUACUGAAAUGUUUAGUGUAAUUUAAAAGAGGCCUGCCUGUUACAAUAUGCAUGUCGGUUAGAAACAUGCAGCUUCCUUCUGAAGAAAUUGGCAAAUCCAACCUCAACUGGAUUCAGUUGCGAUUUCCAAAGAUUCUUUUUUUAAACAUAUCGGGCGGGUGUUUUUUUUUUUUUUUUAACUUGAAGCACAAAAUUGUAGUUUGUACUCUGCCACAUUUCUGAAAUUCUAUGAAGUAGGGUAAGGAUUUUAUGUAGAGGAUAUUGGGUCACUGCUGAUUUUCAUCAUGUCAAGUUUAAAGCACAUUGUACUGCAUUCUGCCGUACUACAAAAUUGAUUUGUUAAUGUAACCAAGUCAAUUGUUUUUUUUUUUUUGUUUUUGGUGCAAAGGCACUUACACGACUCAAGGAGGGUUGAGAGCUUAUGAAAUGCACAAAGGUAAAGAAAAGCAGCUCUAUAAAUUUAAUAUAUUUCUGAACAUUUAAAGCCUAAGUGGAUUAUUCAGGACCUAAAACAAAUAAAACAAAAGUAUAAAAUAUAUAUAUUAAAAAAAAAAAAAAACCUCUACGUCUAAACCAUUAACUAGUCUAAAUAAAAAAAGCAAUUUAUAUUCGUGCUUUCCUUGAGAAAUAUUUAAUUGAAAAUAUUACAUUCUUCAGGUAAAUCUAAAUAUUGCUACAUUAUAUUGUAAUAGAAUCAGCGUGCUACUCUACAUGCAAUAUCACUCUGCAGUCCUAGCCUGAAAGUAUAGUUUAUAUAAAAAAUGCUCAAUGGUCAAAAAAGUAUUAUAGACUUAGAAGUCAAACUAGCUUGUGCUUUCAGCAAUCUUACUUGCAAUUAUUAGGUAGAAAAAUGGUAAUUGUUACUCAGUUUAUGGUGUAAAAUUGUGCACUACAUUUGCUGGCGUUUUGUGGUUGUGGAUAAAAAAUGAUCUCCAUUUCUAAAGUGACAUCCAUUAUUAGAAACAUUUUUCAGCAGUGCUUCAGUAAAACUGAAGAUUGUUGAGUUAAAAAGAUCUCUCAAAAAAUAACCAAAUGGGUACUGUAUAUCUUACAUGGACCUUGGUCAAAAUUUGACCCUAUUGAUGCUUUAAAUGUUUAACAUUUUUAUAUGUAAUUGUUUUUUUU